AGAAGCACAACUCAGCCAACCUGUAGUUUGAGAAACUUAAACAAAUGACUUUUCAACAGCAUUCCAUCUGCAACCUUAACAGUUGGCAUCUGGUAUGGAGCUGGACAAUUAUGACCAACCGGUUGUUUUGAGAGAUGAAAACAAGCGAAGAAGGAGAAAAAUGAGACCACAUUCUUCAGCUUCCAACAUGUCCAUGGAGCUGAUUCCCAUUGAGUUCAUUCUGCCAACUAGUCCAAAAAAUACCAUAGCACAAGAUAAAUUUCUUUUAGAAAUAGUUGGAAAUUGCACUGUGGAACAGAUGAAAGAACAGGUCUGGAUGCAUGCUAUUGACAAAAACCACAAUAGUGAUUUUUAUAUCAAACUUACUCCAGACCAGUUUCUUCUACAAUACCAGAAAAAAGGACAGUGGUAUGAAAUUUAUGAUAAACAUCAGGUGAUACAGACUUUAGACUGUAUAAUGUACUGGAAAGUUUUACAGAAAACUGUGGGAAGAAUCUAUAUUGUUCAGAAAGAGAAAACCUCAGAAGAAACUUUAAAUUAUCAGUCAGAAUUAAAUUAUUUGAUUGGAUAUGAUGUUACUGAUGUAAGCAAUGUUCAUGAUGAUGAGCUAGAAUUUACUCGUCGUAGAUUAGUCACACCACGAAUGAUAGAGAUAACCAACAGAGAUCCCAGAUUAUAUUCCAUGGACCCUUGGCUUACUUCUAAACCACUUCCAGAAUAUAUGUGCAGUAAAAUUUCCUCCAAUAGCAUUUUUAUAGUUAUACAUAAAGGGAUGACAAGCCACACAAUACGAGUUUCCAUUGAUGAUACACCGGAUGCAAUAUUACAGAGCUUCUUCACAAAGAUGGCAAAGAAAAAGUCACUGCUGAAUAUUUCAGAGGAACACAACGAGCAGAAUUUUGUUCUUAGGGUAUGCGGGAGAGAUGAAUAUAUCAUUGGUAAUGCACCUAUUAAAGAUUUUCACUGGAUUCGGCACUGCAUUAAAAAAGGGGAGGAAAUACAUCUUGUUCUAGAUGUGCCACCUGAUCCUUCAGAGGACAAAGUACAAAAGGAAGAGUGGCCACUGGUUGAUGAUUGCACAGGUGUCACAGGUUUUCAUGAUCAGCUUACCAUUGAUGGAAAAGAUCAUGAGAAGAUUUUCACUAUAUCCUUAUGGGACUGCAACCGAAAGUUUCGGGUCAAAAUAAUUGGGAUUGAUAUUCCAGUGUUGCCUAGAAACACUGAUAUCACUGUAUUUGUGGAAGCCAAUAUUCAACAUGGACAACAGGUUCUUGCACAGCGAAGGACUUCCUGCAAGCCUUUUACUGAGGAAGUCAUGUGGAACACAUGGCUUGAAUUUGAUAUUAAAAUAAAAGAUUUACCCAAAGGGGCACUACUAAAUCUCCAGAUUUAUUGUGGAAAAGCUCCUACAGUUUCGACUAAGGCAUCCACACAAUCUCCUGACUCUUCAGAUGUAAAAUGUAAAAGUCAGAUUCUUUACUAUGUAAAUGUAUUGCUGAUUGACCACCGGUUCCUGUUAAGGCAAGGGGAGUUUAUUCUACACAUGUGGAAAAUACCAGGUAAAGGAGAAGAACAGGGUAGUAUUAAUGCUGAUAAACUGACAUCUGCAACAAACCCUGAUAAAGAUACAUCUAUGGCAAUUUCUAUAAGUCUAGACAAAUACUGUCAUCCAGUCGCACUACCUAAAUACAAACCAGUAUCUGAUCCUGAACAAGAAAGGGUAAGGACUGAGAUGCCUAAUCAACUUCGUAAGCAACUUGAAGAAAUCAUAGCCACAGAUCCGCUUCACCCUCUUUCUCCUGAGGACCAAGAAUUAUUGUGGCAUUUCAGAUAUGAAAUAAUUAAGAACCCUGAAGCAUACCCCAAAUUAUUGAGUUCAGUAAAAUGGGGGCAACAGGAAAUGGUCGCUAAAACUUAUCAGUUACUGAGUAAGAGAGAAGCCUGGGAUGAUUGCUCAUUGGAUGUUGGGUUAACAAUUCAGCUACUUGAUUGUAGUUUUUCAGAUGAAAAUGUGCGAGCUAUGGCAGUCCAGAAACUAGAAAGUCUGCAGGAUAAUGAUGUCCUGCAUUAUCUUUUACAGCUGGUACAGGCUGUAAAGUUUGAACCAUAUCACGACAGUGCCUUAUCCAGGUUCCUACUAAAACGUGCAUUAAGAAGCAAACGGAUCGGCCACUUCUUGUUUUGGUUUCUGAGAAGUGAAAUUGCUCAGUCAAUGCAUUAUCAACAAAGGUUUGCUGUCAUACUGGAAGCGUAUCUGAGAGGCUGUGGCACGGCAAUGCUGCAGGAUUUUAAGAAGCAAGUUCAGGUUACUGAGCUGCUUCAUAAAGUCACUAUGGAGAUCAAAUUAGUUUCUGCUGAGAAGUACGAUGUAACCACCCAAGUCAUUACACAGUUACGACAGAAGCUUGAAAAACUUCAGGGUACACAACUUCCUGAGAGCUUUCGAGUUCCUUAUGAUCCUGGGCUAAGAGCUGGUGCAUUAUUGGUAGAAAAAUGCAAAGUUAUGGCUUCAAAGAAGAAACCGCUGUGGCUGGAAUUUAAAUGUGCUGACACAACCUCUUUAUCAAAUGAAACUAUUGGAAUAAUAUUUAAGCAUGGUGAUGAUCUGCGACAAGAUAUGUUAAUACUGCAGAUUCUUCGAAUUAUGCAAUCUAUUUGGGAAACUGAAUCUUUGGACCUUUGUUUAUUACCUUACGGCUGUAUUUCUACUGGAGAUAAAAUUGGAAUGAUUGAAAUAGUGCAGGAUGCCACAACUAUUGCCCAAAUACAGCAGAGCACAGUUGGAAACACUGGAGCAUUUAAAGAUGAAGUACUGAGCCAGUGGUUAAAAGAAAAAUGCCCCAUAGAGGAAAAGCUGACGGCAGCAGUUGAACGAUUCGUACAUUCGUGUGCUGGAUACUGCGUUGCAACAUUUGUUCUCGGAAUUGGGGACAGACAUAACGACAAUAUAAUGGUAACAGAAUCAGGUAACCUUUUUCAUAUAGAUUUUGGGCAUAUCCUUGGUAACUACAAGAGCUUUUUAGGAAUUAACAAGGAAAGGGUACCAUUUGUCUUAACCCCGGAUUUCCUUCAUGUAAUGGGAACUUCAGGAAAGAAGACCAGCCAAUAUUUUCACAAGUUUCAGGAAGUUUGCGUAAAGGCGUAUUUGGCACUGCGACAGCACAAAAACCUCAUGAUUAUCCUGUUCUCUAUGAUGCUUAUGACUGGGAUGCCGCAAUUAACCAGCAAAGAGGAUAUUGAUUAUAUCCGGGAAUCGCUCACUGUUGGAAAGAACGAAGACAGCGCAAAAAAGCAUUUCCUUGACCAAAUUGAAGUCUGCAGAGACAAAGGCUGGACUGUACAGUUCAACUGGUUUUUACACCUCGUUCUUGGCAUUAAGCAAGGUGUAGAAAAGCAUUCUGCAUAAAAAAAAAACUUAAAACAUAUAUUUCUUUGUUUUUGUAUUUUAAAUAUGAAAAACCCUGUUGUAAUCAUUUCAAAUUAUUUAUAAUCUAUUUAAAUUUAUUGCAAGGACAUACUUGUUUCAGGGCAUCAGCUAAUAUUUAACUGUGUUUUUAAUGACAAUGAAAUAUAUUUUAACAAUAAUUAAUUGAAAUUGUGACUACAGCAAUAUCUGUUGUAUUGAUUUUAGCAAAAGAAUGAAUCUUAAAGGGAUAUGAAGCUCUAAAAUUUUCUUUCAUGAUUCAGCAUGCGAUUUUAAACAAUUUUCUAAUUUAUUUCUAUUAUCAGUUUUUUUUCUCUUUUGUUGAAAAUCAGGGAUGUAAGCUUAGGUGCCUGCCCAUUUCUAGAGCACUAUAUGGCAGCAGUUUUGCAAGAAUGUUAUCCAAUUUCAAGAGCACUAGAGGGUAGCAGUAUUUCCUGCUGUGUAGCGCUGCAGAUGCCUACCUAGGUAUCUCUUCAACAAAAAAUAACAUGGGAACAAAGCAAAUUUGACAAUAGAAGUAAAUUGGAAACUUUUUUUAAAUUGUAUGGUCUGUCUGAACCACAAAAGAACAUUUUUUUGCGUUUCUUAUCCCUUUAAAUCAGUAUCAUGGAAAAUUAUGUGAUCAAAGAGUAACAAUUUUUGUGUAGCAAAAGAUUGUAUUUAUUCAAUGCUCUGUAUGUGUUUGACUAUGUGUUUGACUAACUACACUGUGUGAUAGUUCUCGAUUUAUAAGAAUGUAAAUUAAACCAUUUGUUUAAAGGUUUUGCUCUGGCUUUUUAAAGUGAAA